UUCACAGUGUCGCUCUCGUGCAGAACUCACGCUCUCCGGCUGAAAGGAGUUUAUGGAUGAUAAGAUCGAGGUCUGUCAACAGAACACAGUUUCAGAUGAAAAAUUAUCAUUGAAUGAAAGUUAUGGGGACGCGAAAAGUUUUGGUGACAGGAUGCUCCUCUGGAAUUGGUUUGGCGGUGGCUGUCCGUCUCGCAAAAGAUGAAUUAAAGCGCUUCAAGGUUAGUUGUGGCCACAAUGAGGGACCUGGAUAGGAGAGAAGCUCUGGAGAGAGCAGCUGGAGAAAGCCUCAACAGAUCCCUGGAGAUCCGACAGCUGGAUGCCACCUGUGAGGACUCCAUCAGAGAGUGUGUCAACAGCUUGUCAGAUCGACGAGUGGAUGUGUUAGUGAAUAAUGCCGGUGUGGGUAUGAUUGGUCCUUUGGAGUGUCAGAGUGUAAGUGAUAUGCAGGAACUCUUCAACACUAACUUCUUUGGCCUGGUGAGACUGGUGAAGGAACUGCUGCCUGACAUGAAGCAGCGUCAGAGUGGACACAUCGUAGUGAUGAGCAGCGUCAUGGGCAUCCAGGGACUACUUUUUAAUGAUGUAUAUGCUGCCUCUAAGUUUGCUGUAGAGGGGUUUUGUGAGAGUCUUGCUGUGCAAGCUAUGAAGUUUAAUGUCAAGAUGACGUUAGUGGAGCCAGGCCCAGUUGUAACUGAGUUUGAGAAGAAAGUGUAUGAAGAGGCAGAGAAGAUGGAUCUGUCAGAGACUGAUGAGGAAACGGCUCGCAUCUUCCGUCAGAUCUACCUGCCAUAUUCACGUAAAAUUUUUAACUCCAUCGGGCAGACACCUGAGGACGUGGCAGAGCAAACUCUCCAGCUGAUUGGGUCCAAGAACCCUCCAUUUCGUCAUCAGACCAAUCGUUUGUACAUGCCACUGACUGCCAUGAAGCAUGCUGACCCUACAGGGCAACUACCCAUAGAUGCAUUCUAUAAAAUGAUCUUCCAGCAUGACCGUAUGUUCAAUGCUACUCUGAGUAUUCUACGCAUACUUCACAAGAGAAUGGGUCAAGGUGCUGCCUAAAAAGCUCUCAGAGGAUUUUGAUGGAGAAAACCAAUUCAGAAACAUCCCAGAGAUCAUUUCAUGGCCAAAAAAUGGGUCCCUGCUCAAUGCAAAUAAUAAAAUGCAACAAACCACAGUUAGUAUAGCAACAGUUUUGCUACUGUGGUCGGUACUUGAUGUCGAAUAUAAAGUCCGGAUUCUGACUUUAACCUUAUGACAGUAAUCAUGAUCAAAUACAUAAUGUUUAGUUGCAAAUUGCAGUGUGUAAAAGCUCUAGUGCCCUUUUCAUGGUGACAUGGGUUUUUAACAGUCAAGGGGCUGUAUGUACAGUAGAAAUUCUGAAAAACUUCCACUGGUGGCCGUUAAGUGAACUGCAACCAGCAACUUAGUUAAAUUCAGUGCCCCGAUAUACUCGUGGCAAAGUUCUUUUUGUUUUUAUCUAGUACAAAGGUAGUCUCCCGUAACCAGACCUUCAGACUGACGGUUGAAGGUCUGGAAUCCAUGGUUUAACCGACAUGUCAAACAAACAAUCACAUUUCGUUUUGAUCAGCGUCACGUUCCGGGGCGUGGAAAUGUCGCCACAAUAACAGACCGGUAUGUAAAACACUCGGAUGUAUUUGAAAGAUUCUAUGCCGUGAACUUUAAAUAUUUAGCAGUCUUUUGAAACUUUAGUGUUUAGAUGAUCCUAAUAAGCGCUCGUCGUCACAGUUGUAAACACUACGGCUUUCUUCAUCCGUGAGGGGGUUUGGCGCCAUGGAAUCUUUGUUUCCAGACAGACCGUUAAAGAACGCGUCACACACGUCUCCCAGAAAUCCUGUAUAAUUCAACCAGUCUGAUGAUGACUUUAAUACUCCUGAAGUAUUUUCACUUUUGUGUCCCAUAUCCAUCAGACGUUUAGCCAACAGUCCAUGGGCAUGAAGUCUGAGGCUGAGACUAGUACAAAGGCAGCUGCCAGCACAAACAUGCCACCGGAAGUGCCGCUGCCGCGAUUAGCGCUUGCACAUUCCUUGCAAAAAUAAACACACAACAAAUAUGACAGCAGUGAGAAAGCAGCAGUUAAGAAAGCAUCUGAUCAUAGCGAUGUGGAUAUGUUUGCAGCAGUUCUGCAUUAACGACAGGAGAAGUAAUUAAAAUUACACUGUUAUGUUGUUUGAUACAGAUGUAUGUUUAGAUCUGGAUAUGGGAGACUAUUUUGAAUUAUUUUGAAUUCUCCUUUUUUCCGCGACACAUUCAUGUUACAGACAGUACAGUAUUAAACAAUAUGUAAGCAUAUGUUUCUUGUGUUAUAGAACGGAAGAGAGGCUCUCGGGAUUGCGUGAAAAGUCCAAAAACGUCCUUCACAUAAAAAUCAGUCUAUAGGCUUUCAAAAGCCUGAUUCAGCCAGUCAUGUGACAGGCCAGGUGAGCAACUCAUUCCUGGGUUCAUAGGGUCACUAAACUCUCCACUGUGAAUAAAUCGCCAUCCGAA